AUGCUUGGAAAUACCUCAAAGCCUCCGUUACGACGACUGCUUCCCGCAAUUGCUCAGACCGCCGCUGCCUCUCACGUGCCGCAUAACAACACCAAGCAACAACGCCAAUCUUUAGCUUGCAGCUCUUGCCAGAAGAGACGAACAAAGUGCUCCGGUUCGCCCCCAUGCGACCAGUGUAUAGCCGCCAACGCUGAGUGUAUAUUCGACGCAAGGCGAGACAGGCGUCGAAAAUUCGCGCUAAAGACGGCCGAACACACCAAAGACACACUUAUUAGACUUAUUGAUCUUCUACGACAAGGAACACCUUAUGAUAUUCUCAAGCUUAAGGCACAUAUGGAAUCAUGUGUCUCAGACCAAGAGGCUAUGGAAAGGUUACCGUUAUUUCUCACAAAUCCCGGCGCUGCUUGCUAUUCACCAAGUAUGAGCUUUGAGCAAGCAGGAGCGCAUAAGGCGUCCAGUGGAUGUUUUAACAAUGUGUAA